AUGAUGAUGAAGCAGAAUAUUGAUCUAAUGGUCUUCGUAUUUGGUGUUGCUUUGGCGUUCAUGCUGGUGGAAAGGCCUGGUGCUGGGAACAGUGAGCAGAAAUUUGUCUGCAUCAAAGUCAGCGCUAUGAAUUCGAAUCUUCUGCCGGCUUCAAGGUAAGGAAAUAUCUAUUUUUUGAAGGAUUUUGUGGCAAAAAAGGCAUCUGUUUUAUAUGCAAAUUUUCAUCGCAAGAGACGUACUUUACAAAAAUAUAAAUCAUUAUUUCAGCAAUCUACACUACUCCGACUCCAGUAACAUCCGUUGUAUGCCCAAAGAAGAGCUGUUUAAAUUGAAAUCCCGAAUUCAAACUAAAGCUGGAAGUGAAUAA